AUGGACGUCGACUCUGUGUCACUGUCCCCGUCCUCCAGACUUUCGGUGGUUUGUUCGGCGUCCGCAGAAUUCUCAUCGAGCUGUUCGGACUCGUCGCACUUUUCAGAAGGAUCUCCCCCCGAAUCUAGAAGGUUGCUCACAUCACUUUUUCAGUAAACUCACAUUUGAAUUUGAGAAAUUCUGUUAACGAAAGUGUAAUCAAAGAUGAGCACUAUUGGGAAAGAAGAAGAAGAAACAAUGACGCUUCGAGGAGGAGCCGAGAGAAACGGAGAAUGAACGAUUUGGCAAUGGAAGAGAAGAUUAUGCAGCUCUCCGCUGAAAAUGAACGGCUCAAAUCACAACUCGAGAACCGAGAGCCGCCUACUGCUCCGCCAGCAGCAGAACCUCCUGCGUCGAGCCUGGUCAUCCCGAGUGUUGCGAAGAACCUGUUCCCAUCCGGACCGGUGCCUUCUCUCCAGGCGAGCUCCAUGCUCUCCGUGCCCAUCCUUCAGGCAGCUCCUCACUUUCCCUCGAUGCUCCAGUUGUGUUCAUUACAACCGACCUCAAUCCAGUCGCCGGUAGGUCAAUUGAUGGGAGCGAUGACAGCUGAAUGCGUGACCCAGAAAGACAGAUGUCCCAAACGAUCCUUUAUUCAGAUAUACGCGAGCACUCAACCGGCUUCCACCUCCACUCAGACACUCUUCUCCUCCUCCACUUCUUCCGCAUUUCACCCGUUCCGUCCGUCUGAAGGUGCCCAACAGAGCCAUCCGAUCCAGUCGAGCAGUGUAAUCAUGAAAGUGGAGAGAAGGAGUCCGGACUCGUCCACUGAUCUUCAUCUCCCUCAGCCACAGCUCCAGCCGGGAACGAAUGUCAUCCAGCAGAGUAAGUUAUUUGUCAGUUUUGAGUAUCAUUCUGAUCUGGUCCCUUUCAGUCGGUCAGCCAGCCCAUUCCCCUGCUCCCCAGCCCAUCCAAAUGCAGCCUGUUGCUCAGCAAGGACCAUCUCUUCUCUCGGCCCUUCUUUCGCAGAGAAGACCAUCUCCAACUGUUCCUCAAAGCCGAACCGAGCACAUCUCGGGCCUCAAUUCCCCUCCAAGACAUACUGGAAAUAAGAGCGACUGCGAGAGUGUCUCUUCCUCCGCCUCUUUCUCCCCGUCUCACUCAUCCGAAGAUCACUCCAACUACUCGAACAAAUCUGUAAGUAUUCUGAAUCUUGUCUGCAAGUGAGCUAAUUAAUUGAUUUGCAGCCGCAAUACGUAGAUCGUCGUCGUCGAACAAUGAAGCCGCGAAGAGGUGUCGUGCAAACAGAAGAGCAGUCUUCGAGUACAGAUCCCGACGGGUACAGGUUCGUUCAUUCUUCUGUCCAAUGCUCAGUCCCUCAUGUCCUUUCUUGCAGCUUCUGGAAGGUGAAAACGAGGAGUUGCGCACGCAAAUCGACACGCUCAAAGCGGAAAUCGCCCAUUUCAAAGCGAUUCUGGCGCAGAGAGCAUCGGUGGUCACCGCCGUCCGACCAUGAUUUGCGCGCCGAACCCUUCCCAAUUUUCGAAUAA